CAUGCAAAGAUGUCAUUGCGUGUGCUAUCAUUGGUAUUACUGGCAAUCGUUGUCCAGCGGGCAGCUGCAGCGAGCAAGACCAAAGAAUGGUGGAAAGACGCAUUCAUAUACCAAAUCUAUCCACGUAGCUUCAUGGACAGUGAUGGUGACGGUAUUGGAGAUCUGAAGGGAAUCAUAAGUAAGCUGGAGCACUUUGUUGACCUGAACGUGAGUGCAAUAUGGAUAUCGCCAAUCUACGUGAGUCCAAUGGCCGAUUUUGGAUAUGAUGUAUCGAACUUCACGGACGUUGAUCCGACGUUUGGCAACAUAACGGACUUUUCAGCUCUUACAGCCAAGGCUAAGGCACUGGGUCUGAAGGUAAUCCUUGAUUUUGUGCCAAAUCACACUUCCGACAAGCACCCGUGGUUCGUGAAUAGCGUGAAAAGGAUCAAACCCUAUACGGACUAUUACGUAUGGAUGGAUGGAAGCCUCGUCAACGGCACGAUCUACCCUCCGAAUAACUGGUUGAGUGUAUUUGGAGGCUCAGCUUGGACAUUCAAUGCUGAAAGGGGCCAAUACUACCUCCACCAGUUCACAACUGGUCAACCGGAUUUGAACUACCGCAGUGCUGCGGUCAUCACUGAAAUUGACGCUGCCCUCACUUUCUGGUUGGACCACGGUGUCGAUGGCUUCCGAAUCGAUGCCAUUAAUUACCUGUUCGAGGACAUUGAGUAUCUUGACGAGCCGAGGCUCUUCAGACCUGACUUACCUGUCGACGACUACGAAACUCUGGACCACAUCUACUCAAAGGACCAGGUCGAAACCUACACACUGCUCAAGUCCUGGAGGAAGCUUCUGGAUACUCACAGCAAGAAGGACAAGGAGACUAAGAUUCUGCUGACGGAGGCUUACACGGAUAUGCCCCAGACCAUCAAGUAUUACGACGCUGGCUCUAAUAUUCCCAUGAAUUUCAUGUUCAUCACGCCUCUCGAUAACCGGUCAACGACGCGCGAUUUUAAGAGAAAUAUUGACGCCUGGAUCAAUGAUGUACCAAAAGGCCACUCACCAAAUUGGAUUGUUGGUAAUCAUGAUCAGCAUCGGGUGGCCACUCGGUACGGACGCAAGAGGGCUGAUGGGUUUUUGAUGUUAGCCGCUGUUCUGCCUGGAACGGGAGUCAUCUACUACGGCGAUGAGAUCGGUAUGGAGGACCGCAAUAUGACGUUCAAUGAGACUGUUGACCCGGCAGGGUGCAAUGCAGGACCUCAGAGGUAUCGACUGAAGUCCAGGGAUCCUGAGAGGACACCCUAUCAAUGGGACAACACAACUAACGCUGGAUUUUCCACCGGUAACACGACGUGGUUGCCUGUUCAUCCCAAUUACAAGGAGCUCAACCUGGCUGCUCAGAAAAUCGACCCGUCCUCUCAUUAUUCACUCUUCAAGAAACUCGUUGCUCUGAAGAAGAUGCCCAUCAUAGACAGCGGAGAGGUUGAGGUGAUUCUCGUCGGCUACGAGGUGAUGGGCGUUGUGAGGAAAUCGCCGGAUGUGGCGCCUGUUGUUCUGCUGAUGAAUUUCGAAUCCUAUCCGCUUGUCAUCGAUGCCAGGACGUGGAUGAAUAUUCCUGAGGAGAUGACGGUACUCGUUUCGAGUGUCGGAUCAGGAAUUCCCUCGGGAGUGACGAUGGACACAACAGAGAUUCUCCUAUCUGCUGGUGCCUCCGUGAUCCUCACGGGUUGAUGAUUGUAUUUUUUCCAAUUGCUUUUAGUCUCCUUUUGAUGAAAUGAGAUAAAGAUUAUUUUGCUGAAUAAAAUGGAA